GUCACAGGAAACAUAUAGACAAUUAAGGCUGACAUUGAUGGAAUAUGAAGAGAAGAUAAAAGAGAAGGACUCAGAACUGGAGGAGAUGAAGAAGAUGGAAGAGAUGCAGCUGAAGGAAAAAGACCAACAAGUGGAGGAGGUUAACAAUGAAUACAGUAAACUUGCUCAACAGUUGAGUGAAUUGAAGUUUGAAAUGGAGGGACUGCAAACAAAAAUCUCACUCCUGAAGACUGAGGGAGGAGAGACCUCAGAUACAGACACCAGAGUUACACUGAAGAGGAGUCAGAGCAUACAGAGAAGAAACAGCAUGGAGGAAACUCCAACUAUGGGAGGAGAGAGCAGCAGUCCAGACUCCCCAGUGUCUCCCAGUGGGUCUGAGCUGAGACUGGUGCUUCUGGGGAGGACUGGUGCUGGGAGGAGGGCAGCAGGAAACACCAUCCUGGGCAGAGAGGAGUUUGGGGCCCAGGCCAGCCCCUCUGCAGUGACCCAGAGGAGUGUGAGGAGAGAGGGGGAGGUGUGUGGGAGACGCCUGGUGCUGGUGGACACUCCAGACUGGUUCUGUCCUGGACUCUCUCUGGAGGAGAUCAGACAGGAUGUGGGUCUCUGUGUCCAUCUGUCUGCCCCGGGACCCCACGCCUUCCUCCUGGUCAUACCAGUGGAGCCCUCCAAGGAGGAGGAGAGAGGGGUGCUGGAGAGAAUGGAGGAGAUGUUUGGGGAGGGGUGUUGGGGACACACUGUGAUUCUAUUCACCCAUGAUGACAGCCUGAAAGAGCAAAGCAUUGAGGAGUUUCUCCAAGCAGGGAGUCAGGACCUCCAGGAGGUUGUAGAGAAGUGUGGGAGAAGAUACCAUGUCCUCAACAUUAAGGACAGGACCCAUGACACUCAGGUCCCAGAGCUACUGGAGAAGAUAGAGGAGAUGGUGUCAGGAAACAGAGAGAGCUUCUACUGCAGUCUGACCUACCAGGAGGCAGAGGUCCAGAUCAGAGAGAUGGAGAAAAGGAUACAGAAGAAGAAAGUGGAAAAUAAACAGAGGGAGGAAAGAGUGAGAAAAGAGAGGUUUGAGAGGGAACUACAGGAAUCUCUGAAGGAGAAAGAUGUAGUAAUACAGAACCUCAAUGGAGAAAUUACAAUACUGAAGGAACGAAUUACUGAUCUAGAGAGACAACUGGAAGAAGAGAGGGAUGAGGAGAAGAAGAAAGAACUGGAGGAGAAGUUAAAUGCAGAGCGUGUAAAGAGAGAGGAGAUGAUGAAAGAUCUGGAUGUAUUUAAAGAGGAGAAAGAAAAUGAAAAGAAGGAGAUGGUGAAGAAACACAAGCAGGAGAUUGAGGAGAUAAUGGAGAAAUUUGAAGGAGAAGCCAGAGUUGACGCAGAGAGAAACCUGAUGAAGAUAGUCCUACCUGAGUUACAGACAAACAUCAUGAUGUUUAGCACAAAGAUGAAGACAGAGUUCAGAAAACAGAUAAAGGAGAAGGAUACACAGAUAGAGGAGAAGGAUAGACAGAUGAAGGAGAAAGACAGACAGAUAGAGAGACUAAAAGCGGCAUUUCAAAUGGGCAGUGAAGUUCACUUACAGUUCAACAGAUGGAUGGAGGAGUUAAGCAGAGAGAUGGUUAUAGCAGAAUGA